AUGUGGGACACAAUUUGGUAUUUAGGUUUCCCAAUGCUUGCUAUUAGUGUUUUUGGCGCGCCGUAUAAAAAACAUUAUGACGAAUUGGCCAGAGAUGGGUCAUAUUAUAACUCUGAUCAAUAUGAUGUGGUGUAUGAUCAGAGACAGAAUGGUACUGAAAAUUAUAAACUUAAUGUUGACGGAUUGUCCUUUGUUUGGUCUCCAAAUUCACUUUUUGCCGCAGCAGCCCUUUUAGAACCGGCUCUCUAUGGAGAAUAUCCAGAGACAAAUGUUGACAUUAUUUUGGGACCUGACAGUACGAAACCAGAAAAUCGGCCGGUGGGAGGGAAAAAACCUAAUUUGGAUAACCCAUCACAGACAGUCCUGGUAAUUAAUGAUGCGUCAGACGAAAAGCCGCAAGAUUCGGAAGAGUCCUCUACAGCAAAAAAGAAAAUUCAUAUUCCGGCAAUAUUAAAACCGUUUCUACGGAAAAGAUCCUCCUUGACUACCCUACACAAGUAG